AUGCAGCUCGCCGCCAGCACUGCAGCCACCUGCACGCCGUGCGUGCAGGCCUGGCGUGCAGCUCGUCUGCACAGCUCGCAGCAGCAUGCGGCCCGGUUUGUGCAGCAUUUCUCAUGGAGGCAGCAGCAGGUGGCGCACCCACGCGCCUCGCUGCGUGUUGCAGCAGUGGCAGCUCCAGUGGAGGCGCCCCGCAUGGCCCCAGCAUACAUCAAGGCCCCGGGAGAGGGGGUGGGCAUCUACCAGGGCACCGACGGCUUCUUGUACUGCGAUGGACUGAAGGUGGAUGACAUUCGCGCGCAGGCUGCCGCCAGUCCCUUCUACCUGUACAGCAAGGAGAAGAUUAGGCAGAACUACAAUGCUUACAAGGAGGCGCUGGAGGGGCUGGACUCGAUCGUGGGGUAUGCGGUCAAGGCCAACAACAACUUCAAGAUCAUGCAGUGCCUGCGCGAGCUGGGCAGCGGCGCGGUGCUUGUGAGCGGCAACGAGCUGCGGCUGGCCAUGAUGGCGGGCUUUGACCCCACCAGGACCAUAUUCAAUGGCAACGGCAAGCUGCCGCGCGAGCUGGAGCUGGCAGUGGAGAACGGCGUGCUCAUCAAUGUGGACUCUGAGUUUGACCUGGCCAACAUCCAGGCGGCGGCGGCCAAGGUGGGCAAGCGGGCGCGUGUGCUGAUCCGCAUCAACCCCGAUGUGGACCCUCAGGUGCACCCCUACGUGUCCACCGGCUUGGCGGGCUCCAAGUUUGGCAUCCGCAACACCCACCUCCAGUGGUUCCUGGACCAGAUCAAGGCGGAUGCCAACCUGGAGCUGGUGGGCGCGCACUGCCACCUGGGCUCCACCAUUACAAAGGUCAACAUCUUCCGGGAUGCCACCAUCCUCAUGGUGGAAUUCAUCAAGCAGAUCCGGGAGCAGGGCUUCGACCUCAAGUUCCUCAACAUCGGCGGCGGCCUGGGGAUCGACUAUGCCCGGAAGGGCGACGUGCUGCCCACGCCCAAGGAUCUGAUUGACACAGUGCGGGACCUGGUAUCCUCCCUGGGCCUCGUCCUGGUCAUCGAGCCGGGGCGCUCCAUGGUCGCCAACUCCUCCGCCUUUGUCAACACCGUCACGGGCGUGAAGACCAACGGCAACAAGAACUUCAUCGUGGUUGACGGCUCCAUGGCGGAGCUCAUCCGCCCCUCGCUCUAUGAUGCCUACCAGCACAUCGAGCUGACGGCGCCACACGCCAGUGAAGUGCAAACGUUUGAUGUGGUGGGCCCGGUUUGCGAGUCGGCAGAUUUCUUGGGCAAGGACAGGGUGCUGCACACGCCGGUGGCGGGUGACGGCUUGGUUGUGAUGGAUGCGGGCGCCUACUGCAUGUCCAUGGCCUCCAACUACAACAUGAAGCUGGCCCCCGAGGAGUGGUGGGUGGCGGAGCGCACGCAGCUGCAGCAGAUCCGGCGCAGCGUCACGCUAGACGAUCACAUGCGCGUGUUCGAGGGGCUCAUCACGAUGCAGUGCGUGACCACCACCAGCGCCCUGCGGGCCACCACCUGCGUGCGGGCAGCGGCGGGCCAGGGCUUGCGACUGGCGGCACGGCCGGCGAUCAAGCCCGUGGGCCUGAAGGCCACUGCCCUUGUGGGCCUGCGGCUGGAGCAGCACGUGGCGGCACCCAAGGCACAGCGGCGCACAGCCGUGAUCGCGGCAGCAGCAGAGGCAGAGCUGGACCCCCUUGAGAGCACGGUGGCCAAGGUGACCGGCGCCAAGCUGGCGCCCCAGGUCGUCACUUGCUCCUUCAUCGCCAUCUGGUACGCGCUCAACAUCGCCUUCAACCUCCAGAACAAGGUCAUCUUCAACUACUUCCCCUACCCCUGGUUUGUGUCCACGGUGCACGUGGUGGUGGGCGCGGUGUACUGCAUCAUCGCGUACAUCCUGGGCGCCAAGAAGGCCUCCUUUGAGCGGCCCAUCACCAAGGAUGAGCUGGCCUCCAUCGCGGGCCCCGCCACCAUGCACGCCGUCGGCCACGUGGCAGCCAACCUGUCGUUUGCCGCCGUCGCCAUCUCGCUGACGCACACCGUGAAGACGCUGGAGCCUGCCUUCAACGUGGUGCUCAGCCAGCUCAUCCUGGGCACCUCCACGCCACUCCCUGUGAUCGCCUCCCUGGUCCCCAUCAUGGCGGGCGUGGCCAUGGCCUCCGCCGCCGAGCUGUCCUUCAACUGGACCGGCUUCCUCACGGCCAUGGCAUCGAAUCUCACCUUUGGCUUCCGCGCCGUGUGGUCCAAGAAGGCCAUGAGCACCAUCAAGAACCUGGGCUCCACCGGCAUCUACGCCUACACCACCCUCAUCUCCGUCUUCAUCUGCGCCCCCGGCGUGCUCCUCUUCGAGAGGGGCGUGUGGGAGGCCAUCAAGCAGCAGGUGGCGGAGAAGGGCGCCACGCAGUUCUACGGCGCGCUGCUCAGCGUGGGCCUCUUCUACCACCUGUACAACCAGUUUGCCUUCAACACGCUGGCCCGCGUAUCCCCCGUCUCCCACGGCGUGUGCAACGUGGUCAAGCGCGUGGCCAUCAUCGCCACCUCGGUGCUGUUCUUCGGCAACAAGCUGACCAUGCAGACCCAGGUCGGUACCGCCAUUGCCCUGCUCGGCACCUGGCUGUACACCGAGACCACCAAGAAGAAGCCCGGCCCCAAGACCGCCUGAGUCCAGGAAGGGUGCCGUGCUUUGGCCUCUAGUUGACGCGCUUGCCGGGGGCGGGCCGCUUGCUGGCGGAGCGCGCCGCCGCCCGGCGCACCGCACGCAGCGCAUUCGCUGCGGCAUGGCCGGCACCAACCAACAAAUGACGAACCUCCCUCCUCUCUACGCCUGAAUCCCUUUUGGUUGCUUGUGUGGGCACCUGGGGGCCCAGCCCCUUCCUUGUGCGCGGCAUGCUGCUGCCCCUGCACAUGCGCUCCUACCCCUCUGCUUCUUCCAGUCCCUGCUCCCACCCCUGCCCUGCUGCUACACCACCAGUCAGCCAGCGCAAUCAGCACUGCUGCUGCAAGCACUGUUUGGAAAACUCAACAGCAAUCUGUUGCAGUCUUUUUUCUUGACACGGCGAGACCUGCAUCUUGACUGCACUGAAUGCCCACUGCCCUGCUCUUUGUGCACCAUGCCUCUUCCCCUCCCACUGCAUGCUUUUUGAUGCGCGACGACGCCAUGCAACUUGGCUGGCGUGCACUUAUGUGAGAAAAUGCC